UAAAAAAAAUUUUUGAGCUACACAAACAUUCAGUGGAAUUUCACAACCGUUACAUGAGUCUGAUAUUGGUUUAGUCUUGCUGCAACCGUGUGCCACAACGGAGAGAGAGAGAGCGUGUGAUUGAAGAUUUUCUUAAUUUUGUGUCUCCAAAUCAAAUAAAAAUAGAAAUAUUCUAAAUUUUAUUCGAGAAAAAGAUGUUUUCGUUUCUUUGUCUAUUUCGAAACUCGAAUUUAACGUGAAAUUAUGGGUAAAAUUCGUAGAUGUGUGUAUUUACUCGGUGUGAUAAUAGUGAUUUUAUGUAUUUUUAUGGAAGCCAUCGAAGCGGGCUGGAGUGCUCAAUGCUGGCGGAAGCACAAUGCCGGUUCCAUACAAACGCCAGAUGGUGAAUUCAAACGUCCCAUUGGCAUACUGUGCACAUACCGUUGUAUGCUGUGGUUUCCGCCUGUCUUUCCUUACUGUGAAUUCAUUUUCGAUCUGCGUUUAUCGCGACACUUCACCUCAUUCCCCGAUUGCUAUGAGAUACGCUGUAAUGAGACCUUCAGCUUCAUCGGAAACUGAGACCAAGCAUUUUGUAUAAAUAUUAAGUAAACUGAAGAAAAUUAUUAUAAAAUAUUUUAAACUAUUUUUAAUUUGUAAAUAAAAUAUUUUUUUCGCAUAUUUAUGUAAACCAAAUAAUCACAAAUAAAUUUUUCGAAAAUU